AUGGCCGCCACGACCGCGACGUUGGGGCCUUUCGCCGCAGCAGUAAGCGGCGUAGCACAUCGACCAGCGCCGGCACGGACGACAUCUUCUCAACAGUCAUGGCUGGCGCCCCCAGAUCGAACCUCCCCCUCUGUCCCGAUUUUGCGGCGAACCUUUUGUCGUUCCCACCUCUCGCGAGGCGGCCCGCAAACUCUACAGCCGCACCGCGCCGGACUGAAAGUGUCAGCGGCAUACGCGGGGACAUCGGCGGAGACUCCGGGAGCGCCGUUGUUGGAGCAGCCGGACCAGCGCGCGCUCGUGGCGGACGUCGCGCGGCUCUUAUCGAAGCCGCGAAGCUACGACUUUCGCGAACACCAUCACCACGAGCAGCACAGCAACGAAGCGCACCAUAACGAGGACGCGGAGCACGCAGCUGCGGCUAGCGUGAAGGAGGGGACGACGAUAGGCGAGGUGGCGGCGAUCGAGCUCGUGCGACAGCUCAGCCCGCAGGGGCGCGAAGUGCUGCUCACGGCGCUCUUCCCGGGCGCGGACAGCGCGGAGGCGGAGGAGGAGUUUGAGCACGCGGACGCGCAUCACGACGGGGUGAUCAGCGAGGGCGAGUUCGAGCAGUACGUGGGCGAGCAGCAGGCCAAGAUCGACGCGCUGCACCGCCCGCUCGAAUUCCCGCAGCUCCUGCUGCUCGCUAAGAAGGAGGCGCUCGGCAACUUGGGCUUCGGACUCACAAAGAACACGGUGAUGAUCAUAUCAGGCGACUUUAUAGCGAGUACGCUUGGAGCCGCCUUCGGGUUUUCCACACUCAUGGCGGCGGGGCUGGGCAAUGCAGUGGCGGACGUGAUAGGCACGUGGUCGCGGGGAGCCAUAGAGUCGUCGUCCUCCAAGCUGUUGCCCGGCUCCACCUUCUCCUCUCACCAGCUCGAACACCCCAAGGCGCAGCUCUUCGCCACCGUUGGCGCCGUCAUAGGAGUCACAGUGGGCGGCUUGAUGGGGCUCUCUCCGCUGUUUUUCCUGCCGGCCCGUGGGGGUGGGGGCGGGGAGGGUGGGCAUGGUGCUGGUCCGGCGGUGACUGCCGGCGUGGCGGCUGCUUCGGCGGCAGCUUCGGCGAUGAAGGUUGCUGCGCCGCUUGCUACUAUUGCGUCGGCGGAUGGGGUUGAGGAGGCUGCGUCGGGUCAUGCUACUGCUGCCGUUGAUGCCACAAGUGGUGGCAUGCGAGGUGCGUUUACCCGGGGUGCUACAGCCCAUGCAUCCAUCAGCGCAGCGCAUUGGAUGGGGCCUUCCCCUUCGUUCCGCCCACCCCUGGCAGGCGCCGUGGAGGAGCGCGGUGGGUUUGGAGUGGCGCUGCUGUUGGCUCUGUCGGCACUCAAUGUGGCGCGGCGACCCCGCACGUGGCGCGCCAUGGCGUCGCUGCAGGUGCUGGCGUACACGUUCGGCGUGCUGGCCGUGGUGCUGUUCGGCGCGGGCGCGUGCGCGUUCGCGGUGUACCGCGAGGUGAAGCAGGGCGGCCCCGACACGCCCGACUUCUUUCUCACGGCGCGCAAGUCGGUUCCCAUGCUCACCAUCGCGUGGUCGUUCUACGCGGGCGCGAUGGGGUCGUGGGCGCUGUUCGGCCCGCCGUCCUACUGCUCGUACGCGGGCACGCUGGGGAUGAUCAUGUACUCGAUAUCAGCAGGCCUGCCUAUCAUCAUAGUCGCGUGGUUCGGCGCCGUCAUCCACCGCCUCGUGCCGUCCGUCGUCUCCAUGGCGGACUACGUGCGCCGCCGCUUCGGCCUCGUCAUCUCGCUCUACGUGUCCGCCCUGAUGCUGUUCAACAUGGGCGUGGCCAUCACAGCAGAGUACACGGCGGUGGGCAGUCUCUUCACGGACAUCAUCGGCGCCAAGAGCCUGCCCAUCAUCCUCGUUAUAGGCCUCGUCUCGCUCACCUACACCGCCAUCGGUGGGCUCUAUGUGUCCAUCAUCACGGAUCAGUGGCAGGCGGGCAUAUCAGUGGUAUUCGUGCUCGUGCUCUUCAUAUUCGUCUGCGCCACAUUCGACGCGCCUCUGGGCCCGCUCCCCUCUGCGCCCGUGGAUCUCACGUGGGGCAACAAGUUCGGGCUCGCGUCCAUUGCAGUCAUGCCCAUCUCGCUCAUCUCCUCCACGCUCUUCAGUGAAGCCAUGUGGCAGCGGUGCUGGGCGUCAUCGAGCAGGAAGGCGCUGCUGGGGGGAGCAGCGCUGGCGUCGGUGGCAGUCACCAUCGUCGUCUUCCUCUUCGGCUUCGGCGGCCUCCUUGCCGUGUGGGGCGGGGUGUGGCAGCCGAACGACGAUUUCACCAACACCAACACCAUCCUCUUCUCGCUUUUCAACAACACCACGUGGAUCUUAGUCAUCACCACCGUGCUCGCCGUCGUCAUGUCUGAGUCCGCAGUCGACUCGCUCCAGAACGCCAUCGCCGACACGCUCACCACCGCCUUCCUCGCAAUCAUCGACUUCUCCCUCUCGCUCGCUUUCGGUCCCGUCGAGGCAGCAGUGACAAAAACCGCAUUCAUGGCUGUCUUUGAAUCCAAGGGCAUCUGGGCGGUUCGGGCGAUCGUGCUUCUGUUCAACAUCCCUCCGCUCGUCGUGGCCCUCAAGGGUUACAACGUGCUCCAGCUCUUCCUCCUCGCCAACCUCCUCACCACCACAUCGGUAAUCCCAAUUAUGGCUGGUGUGAUCCCCGGAAAGUGGUCCCGCAGGGUCGUCACGCCGUUCUCCGUGGCGUUUGGCUGCCUGUCGGGCAUCGCGUCGCUCUUCAUCUGGACGCAAAUCUACUCGGUGAAAUACAACAUGUCGUACUGCGAUUCGCUCUACCAGGUGUUCCUAUACGCGUACGAUUACCCUCCGUUCCUCAUGGCUCUUGUGUUCUCUAUAACGGGGUUGUGGGUGGGUGCGGGGUUAGAGGCUGUGGUGAGGAUGGCGCUCAAGCUGGAGUACCCCGAGUUUGACCUGGGUUCGGAGGAGUUGCCUGAGUUGCAGGGCGGUGAGAUGGUGGAUGCAGGGAUGGAGAAGCUGGGCAUGGGUGAUGGUGGUGGUGUGCCUAUGGCUUCCAACUCUUGA